AUGCCGCCUCUAACCGCUACACAGCGUAUGCUGCUGGCCCAGUUCAUGCAGGCUACGGGAGCCAACGAACGUGCCGCACUGAAGCCCUGGCUUGGGGCUACUGUUGCAGGGCUGUGUUCUGCGCUUCACGAGCUUGUGUGGACGGUCAGCAAAUCCGGCAAGAGCAAUGGGACGAGCAAGCGACAGGACGGCGGCGAUCAGAGCAAGGCUACGGAACGACCGACGGAAGACUUAAAGCUGGGAACAAAAGACGAAGAAUCGAGAGCCGAAGACACAGGAACACAGAUCGCGUGGCGGAAAGACGCUCAUGCUUCAAAGCCAUAA